AUGGCAUCCCUCGACGAGAAUUUAGGGUUAACGGUUGAGUCACUCAUGAGCUACUCUGAGGAGAUCAUUAAGCAACUGAGUCACUCGGAGUCGGGGAUGGAAUCGUUGCGGUCCUUGAUUGAUGCCUUCAAUAACAAGCGAAUCACAGUUAGCGUGUUCAAAGAGUCUCUUCAACUUUUGUUCGACAGCCAUAAAAAGAUCAAAGACGAAGGUGAGAUCCGAGAUAACCAUGUUUCUGAGGUUAGGGCUAAAGUAGAUGAGAACCCGAAGAAGAGUGGUCUCCACGUUAGGAUUAGGGUUAGAAUAAAUGAAAACCCUAAAGAAGAUGUUUCCGAGGGAAAAAAGAGAGGAAUCACUCACUCAGAACCUAUUGAGAAGACUGUGAAGAAACAGAGAAAGUCUAGGAGGUUAGGCCGAGUGACACCCAGCUACAAGCUUAUCCCUGAGGAACAACAACUUCCUCUCCCAAACAACCCACACAAACCAGAACUGAACUGUCUGAACAACAAGUACUCUUUGGUGCAGUUUAACGUUGCUUCGGGACAUAAGAAACAGACAAAGUACGAAGAAGCAAUUGAGAGAUGCGAAGAUGAAAUGUUUGAGACUGAUAUGUGGAUUGGAGCUCAUACAAGUGCAGUGGAGAAUGCUGAGAAAGUAAUAGCGGAGGAGAUGAGCGUAGAAGAUCUCGGAGUGAAGUUCUAUAGAUGCAUCCAAGGGCUAUACCGUCGAGAUAUGUCUAAGACUGUGAGAGAAGACCCCAUGAAGGCUUUACCUGUCAUUUUAAUCCGGUUGAAGAAGAAGCUAGAUGAGCUCACAGACGCUCAAGAAAGACGUAAGGCAGAGUGGAAGAGAGUCAUUGAGGAAAACACAAGAAAGCAAAGAGAAGCCACACGCAAAAACUGA